AUGGCACCAAAGGCCGAAGCUCCAGCCGCCGUUUUCCCCAAGAAACAGAAGAAGAAUGCCGAGAACAUCAACUCGCGGUUGACGAUGGUGAUGAAAUCCGGCAAGUACGUGCUCGGCUACAAGGAGACCUUGAAGAACCUCCGCAACGGAAAGGCCCAGCUUGUCCUCAUCGCAAAGAACACACCUCCAAUCAGGAGAUCGGAGAGUGAGUACUACGCCAUGCUUGCCAAGACUGGAGUCCAUCAUUACAACGGAAACAACAUCGAGCUCGGAACCGCCUGUGGAAAACUCUUCCGUGUUGGAACCCUCGCUAUCACAGAUCCAGGAGACUCUGACAUCAUCAGAAGCAUGCCAGCUGAGACCGCC